UUGAACCCCCUAAAGUAACUAUACAAUAGAGAAAAGGUACAUUUUGACGAAGAUUCUUUCUGGCGAUGAUCCGAUUUGUUUUUACCUCUUCGGUUCUUGUUGGUCUAACCUGGUGUCUGGGAUGUUUAAAAGAGUCGGGAGAACCCGUUGACUGGUUCAUUAUUUACAAGUUGCCCAAGAAAAAAUCUAGUGGUAAUCCUCUAAUCAAGGAUGGAGUUGGAUUUUACUACAUGGACUCUAAAAACCCUUCUUUUUCCUUGUCCGGUGCUAACAUUCAAAAGAAGGGGCAUGCGUUGUACAACACCCUGCAACAAGUUUAUAACCAGAAUGGACCACACAAAUUUAAGUAUGCUAUGUACAAUGAUCAACCACCACCACGAAAUGAGAGGAUUGAGGAAACAUUUAAAGCAUAUGGACAUACCAAAGGCAUGUAUGCAUUUGAUGAGAAACAAGGAUUCUGGUUGAUAUCAAGUGUUCCGCAAUUUCCCGCUCCCCUGUCACAUGGUUACAACUAUGAACAAGGACAAACAAAAUUAGGACAGGCCAUGAUCUGUGUGUCCCUCAGCAGAAAGUAUCUAACAGUAAUAGAAGACAUUUUCAACAUAACAAAUCCAAAUAUAUAUGACCCAAAGCGACGUCCUCGACGCUAUUACUCGAGUGUUACGUUGGUACCACAGAAAGUUUUCCCAAUUUCAACAGUAAAAGGACAGAGCUUCCGAUUCUUUGCGAAGUCUUCCAUCUUUGGAAAGGAUUUGUAUGACGGACUUGUUGCACCUGAUUUGAGUGAAUCUCUUUACGUGCACACAUGGGAAGCAAACUGGCCUUCAACUUGUAAUAUGAGAUUUAAGGUUAUGAACAUUGAAAUGAUUAAAUUUCCCAGUGACAUGGUGUUUAAGUCGAACAGUGACCACUCAAAAUGGACUGUAUCUACGAAAGAUUCGUGGGUGUGUGUUGGAGACAUUAACAGAGCGACAUCCCAGUUCAAGAGAGGUGGCGGAACAAUGUGUUUGUCAAGUGUCUCCGUAUGGAGGGCCUUUAAUGCUCUAAUUAAAUCUGUGCAGAAUUGUACAAAAUAUCUAUAGACUGAUUUCACUUGUCUUAAUAAUCAUUUCACUGUCAACGCAAGAUAAUGGCAUUGG